AUGUCAUUGUGGCUACAAAUUCUCGUAUUUGCAGUGGUUUGUUCAAUAAGUUGCAAAUGUAUAACGAUACAAGUCGAUUCGGAAGAUUUAAUGAAGCUAGUGGAUAAACUUAUGGGUUCCGAAAUUUUUCGGAGGCUUGCCUUGGAAAAUUACAAGACUGCAGUUAAAAGUGAAUUCAAAAAUCCAUAUCAUCCCGAAGACAAUAUUUCCAAUCAAGAGGCAGUAACUUUAAGUAUGAGCAUGGAGAACGACCUCAUAAAUGAGAGACUCGAAAAAGAAAAUGAAAAAUUUUUGGCAAAUAAUGAUAAGAAUAAUCACACAAAGCUUAACAGUGAUAAUUUGCAUAUUUAUCAGGACCGUAGAAGUUAUACAAAGAGCAGUGUAGGG